CGCGGAGGGGGGUGGCGGGUCAGCUCCGCGCAGAGUCAGGGUCCAGACGGCUGGGAUUCGGAAGCAGGCCAGCCUGGGGUCCCUUCACGCAGGGUCGCCGGGAAGGGGUGACUUUGCAAGGUUGCAGCUGGAGCUGGGGGCGGGGGGCGGCGCCGCUCGCAGGCUUCCAUCCUUCCCCUCGGCGGUGGACUCGGCUGCAAAACCGGGGGUCCCUAUUUCCCGGACCGUUUCCCACCUAGGCCGCGGCUAGGAGGUACAGCCGACCUGGGGGACCCGGGCGGCGGGUGCAGACCUCUCCGGACUUAAUUUCCGGCUCCCGGCCUCAUGGCAGACAAGAAACUGGUGGUCGUGUUUGGAGCCACAGGUGCCCAGGGGGGCUCAGUGGCCCGGACACUCCUGGAAGAUGGGACAUUCAGGGUCCGAGUGGUGACCCGGGACCCUGGGCAGAGGGCAGCGAAGAAGCUGAGGCUGCAAGGUGCAGAAGUAGUGCAGGGAGACCAGGAUGAUGAGGCCAGCAUGGAGCUGGCCCUGAUCGGGGCUCACGCCACCUUCAUCGUGACCAACUACUGGGAGAACUGCAGCCAGGAGCAGGAGGUCAAGCAGGGAAAGCUGCUGGCCGAUCUGGCGAAGCGCCUGGGCCUGCACUACGUGGUCUACAGUGGCCUGGAGAACAUCAAGAAGCUGACAGCAGGGAGACUGGCAGCAGGACACUUUGACGGCAAAGGGGAGGUGGAGGAAUAUUUCCGGGACAUUGGCGUCCCCAUGACCAGCGUGCGGCUGCCCUGUUAUUUCGAGAACCUCCUCUCCUGCUUCCUGCCCCAGAAAGCCCCAGAUGGAAAGAGCUACUUGCUGAGCUUGCCCAUGGGUGAUGUGCCCAUGGACGGCAUGUCUGUGUCCGACCUGGGCCCCGUGGUGCUCAGCCUGCUGAAGAUGCCCGAAGACUACAUCGGCCAGAACAUCGGGCUCAGCACCUGCAGGCACACGGUGGAGGAGUACGCUGCCUUGCUCUCCAGGCAUACCAGGAAGACCGUGCGAGAUGCCAAGAUAAGCCCCGAGGACUACGAGAAGCUUGGCUUCCCCGGCGCCCAGGACCUGGCCAAUAUGUUCCGUUUCUAUGCCCUGAAACCUGACCGCAACAUCGAACUGAGCCUGAGGCUCAACCCCAAGGCCAGGACGCUGGACCAGUGGCUGGAGCAGCACAAAGGGGACUUUGCAGGACUGUGACCCUGCCCACCUCUCAACCCCAUCUGGGGGGACGGGAGGUAUAGUCACAGUGAUCCUUUCUUGUGUUACAAGAAAGUUUAUUUUUUAAAUAAAGGCCAUUGUUCUCACA